AUUUACGUCCGGGAAAAAAGCCCUUGGAUUGGGAUACAAGGAUGAAAAUUGCAGCAGGGGCAGCAAAAGGACUUGAAUACUUACAUGAACAAGCCAACCCCCCUGUGAUAUACCGCGAUUUCAAAGCUUCCAACAUUUUAUUGGAUGAGAACUUCAGUCCAAAGCUCUCUGAUUUUGGUCUGGCAAAGUUAGGCCCAACUGGGGAUAAGACUCAUGUAUCCACCAGGGUGAUGGGGACUUAUGGCUACUGUGCACCUGAAUAUGCACUGACAGGGCAGUUGACAACAAAAUCCGACAUUUACAGCUUUGGAGUUGUGUUUUUGGAGAUAAUCACAGGAAGAAGAGUUAUAGACAACAACAGACCAACGGAGGAGCAGAACUUAGUUACUUGGGCACAACCAUUAUUUAAAGACAGAAGGAAGUUUACAUUAAUGGCUGAUCCAUUGCUAGAAGACAAGUACCCUAUGAAGGGUCUUUACCAAGCUCUUGCUGUUGCAGCAAUGUGUCUCCAAGAGGAAGCUGCUACUAGACCUCUGAUCAGUGACGUUGUAACGGCGCUAGAGUAUUUAACCGUAGACAGCAUUGCUGAAACUGGUGAAAAUAAUGGUGAUGGAAAUGUUGAGAGUACUGAUGAUGGUGCUUUUGAGGGUGAGGAGGGUACACAACCAGACAGUACAAGGAGCCUAUGAGUGAAUGUUUCAUGAACUCUAUAUGAUCAUGUUGUCAGGACCAAAAAAUGAAAGAAAAGUUUGAUCAUCUUGUAGCUAGCUAGGCUGCUCUGUAAAAACAAACCCCAUGCCAUUGCCAUUGUUUUAAAAAAAAAUCACUUCUUUUGUCCA